AUGACGAUAAUACCUAAAAUUCCAAUCUGGCUAGAUUGUGACCCUGGUCAUGAUGAUGCGGUUGCCAUUCUAUUGAGUUGCUUCCAUCCUAAGUUUCAUCUUUGUGGCAUUAGUGCAUCUUACGGGAAUGCACCUCCAAAUAAAACAGCAUACAAUGCAUUGUCUCUGAUCACUGCUAUGGGAAAAGCCAAAGAAGUCCCUGUGUAUGCAGGUGCCCAAAGACCUUGGGUGAGGGCAGCCAUUUACGCACCGGAUAUUCAUGGCGAGUCCGGCCUGGAUGGGACAAGCUUACUUCCAACUCCAACCUGCACUCUCCAAACUGAUAAAUCUUAUUUAGAUGCAAUUGAGGAGGCUAUCAAAGCGCACGAAGGUGAAUUAUCGUUCGUGUCGACAGGUUCCAUGACCUCCAUCGCUACUUUGCUCAGGGAAAGGCCACAUCUGAAAUCGAAAAUUCGAUACAUAAGUGUCAUGGGAGGAGGAAUUAACGAGGGUAAUCGUAACCCUAAUAACUCAGCCGAAUUUAAUAUCUGGAUCGAUCCCCAGGCGGCGAAUUCCGUUUUGAGAGAUCCAUUAGUGAAAGAUAAGUGCAUUCUCGUUCCAGUGGAUUUGACUCACAAGGCAAUCGCUACUAAACUCGUUGAGAAGAAAGUUUUGGGGGAUGGUAAGUCCAAUCUGCGCAAAUUGUUUUAUGAGCUUUUCUUGUUUUUUGGACAUACUUACGAGGACAUCCAAGGUUUUGAUGAUGGACCACCAGUUCAUGAUCCUUUAACUUUACUUCCAUUGCUCGAAUUUUAUGGGUUUGAGCAACCUGACAAAAUCGCAUUUGUUUAUCGCCGUCUUGAUUUGCACGCAGUUGAGGAGGAAGACAGUCCGGAUUUGGGGCGUACAAAAAUCGUUAAGGAAUAUGCUCUGGAUGACGAAACAGGUACGAUUGUCGGCUUCGAAUUGAACAUGGAUUUUUUUUGGCAACAGGUGUAUGAUGCAUUGGAUAAAGCAAGUCUGUCAGCAACAAUCUAA